UAUAUAUUGUUCUUUUUUUUUCAAAGACAAAGACAUACUUGCUUCUUCAUAAAGCUAGUUUUUGUGGUUGUGCUUGAUGCUCACAUACAUAUAUUUAUAGACAUAUAUAUACGCUUAACCUUCUGAGAAUAGCUUAAAAAAAGCCUUCUUAAAUACAAAUUAAGAGAGAGAAAAAAGUGAGUGUGUUGUAGUGUGCUUAAAUAUAUGGCAUUAGAAACAGAGCUUUUUCAACAAGACCCUUUUGGCUAUAUUAUGAGCAGUGGUCUCAAUAAGGAUUUUCACGCCGCCAUGAUAGGUGGUGGUAGUAGUAGUGGUGGUGGUAGUGGUAGUGGUGGUGGACCUUGGAACUAUGGAUACUUUUUUCAAGAAAACGACAUUAAUAUCCACCCAAAUGACCUAACAAACGACAACAGGUUUGUGGGGCAUGGUUUCAACAAUAAUCUUCUCAUGGAUUUGGAAUAUUGUAUAACUUCACCCUCUUCCAUGGAACUCCACAACAACAACAACAACAACAACAAUCAUUACUCAACCAAUAAAUUUUCCUCCACAGACUCAGCCGCCGAUUAUUUCACCGGAAACUAUACUAGUAGUACGACCACUCUUGAUGGAGGACGGCCACCUAGCAGCCACGUGUUUUCUCCGGCCGCCGAAACAACUCAAGCAACCACCACCGUCCGGCGAAAACGACGCCGUAUUAGAAGCGUGAAGAAUAAGGAAGAGGUUGAAAAUCAGCGGAUGACACACAUUGCAGUGGAGCGCAACCGGAGAAAACAGAUGAACGAUUACCUCGCCGUUCUCCGAUCCAUGAUGCCUUCUUCUUACGUCCAAAGAGGAGACCAAGCAUCGAUUGUGGGAGGAGCCAUAAAUUUCGUGAAAGAGCUUGAGCAACUUCUCCAAUUCUUAGAAGCCCAAAAACGAAGUAGUACAUCAUCAACAACAACAACAAAGAAAGAAUCAUCACCAUCAGAUUCAUCAGAUUCCGAUCAUUCCUCUAAUAAUAAUUCCGAUCUCUUCUCUGAUUUUUUUAUCUUCCCUCAAUACUCAACGUGUUCAUCAUCCACCAAUAAUAAUAAUAAGGUGAAUAUUAAUGAUCAUCAUCAAACAAAAUCAACGGCAGAGAAACGAUCGGCCGUGGCUGACGUGGAAGUAACAAUGGUGGAGAGUCAUGCCAAUAUAAAAGUGCUUCAGAAAAGUCACCAUAAUCAGCUUUUGAAGAUGGUAGUAGGCUUGCAGCUUUUGCGUCUUGUGGUUCUUCACCUCAAUGUCACAACAGUUGAUAAUAUGGUUCUUUACUCAUUCAGCGUCAAGGUUGAAGAUGAUUCUCAGCUAAGCACAGUGAAUGAGAUUGCAGCUUCUGUGUUUGAGAUGGUGGGUAGAAUCCAAGAGGAAAACUGUUUAUUAAGUUAGAGAGUAUAUAUAUAUGAGGCUAAAGGCACCUUAUUAGUACCAAUCACCAAAUAUUUGUGAUAAUAUCAUGUGACUUCGGCAAUAUAUAUAAUAUUUUGUCUUUGUUACAUGAGAUAUUAACUGUGGGAUAGGAUUACUUUUAUUUUAUUUUUCUCUUGCAAACCUUGAUUAGGAUUAUAUAUUUGUCUGGGAAUUUAUUAUUUUUUUUUCGCUUUUCUUGACCGGUCAUAUACUUCAUUACCAAAAAUUAUUGUGAAGAAACAAUUGAUCAUCGUCAUCGACGGAGUCCCUACA